GCUUCUCCUUCCUCCGUCUUCCCUUCCCACCCGAUCCGAGCCGAAACCCUAGGAUUUUCUCUCCGAUCCGAUGGCUCCUUCUCCUUCGCCGGCGGCGGCUAGCGACGCGCAGUACGCGCAACAGUUCCUGAACACGGCGCUGUCCCAGCGGGGCCCCUCGGCGCUGCCCUACGCGGAGGACGUCAAGUGGCUGAUCCGCAACCACCUGGUCGCCCUCGCCGGCGCCUUCCCGUCCCUCCACCCCAGGGCGGCCCUCUUCACCCACAACGACGGCCGCGCCGCGCACCUGCUCCAGGCCGACGGCACCAUCCCCAUCACUCACGCCGGCGCCGUCUACCACCUCCCCGCCGUCCUCUGGCUCCCCGACCCCUACCCGCGCGCCCCGCCCCUCGUCUUCCUCUCCCCGACCCGCGACAUGCUCAUCAAGCCCCACCACCCGCUCGUCGACCGCUCCGGCCUCGUCGCCGGCGCGCCCUACCUCCGCUCCUGGGUCUUCCCCUCCUCCAACCUCCUCGACCUCGCCAGGUCCCUCUCCCACCUCUUCAGCCUCGACCCGCCUCUCUUCAGCAGACCCACUCCUCCCAAUCCUCUUCCUGCCGCCCCCUCCUCCUCCUCCUCCUCGAUGAACCCAGCCCCCUCUCCACGCCCCCCUUCAGACUACGCAUCCCGCCCAUACAGCUUCCCGGCCUCGCCCCAGCUCGCCGCUCGCCCCCCGCCCACCGAGGACCCCGCCGAGGUCUUCAGGCGCAACGCCAUCGCCAAGCUCGUCGACACGGCCUACGCCGACGCCGCCGCCCUGGGUGCUGCACGGGCGGCCGAGGUCGUCGCCCUCUCCGCCGUGCAGGCCGAGCUGCGUGCCCGGGGGGAAUCCGUCGACGGCGGGGUGCGCAGGAUCGCCGAGGAGAUGGAGGCGCUCGAGCGCCGUCUUCAGGACGUGACCAUGGCCACCCAUGUCAUCGAGGCCUGGGUCGCUGAGAACCGCAAGGACGAUGGAGACACCGAAGCGGAGGGCGCAAUCCAGCCCGCGGACGUGCUGUCCAGGCAGAUGCUUGACUGUAGUGCAGCUGAUCGGGCGCUCGAGGACGCCAUUUAUGCACUCGACCGGGGCGUCCAGGAAGGCUCCGUGCCGUUCGACGGCUACCUCAGGAGCGUGCGUGCGCUGGCGCGGGAGCAGUUCUUCCAGCGCGUCCUCUACACCAAGGUCACUAGGGAGCAGCAGCAGCAGGCGCAGGUCGCUAGGAUGGCCGCACGGGCUCCGCCACAGUAUGCGUCCUAUGACCACCAGGGAUAGGUCAGUAUACAUGUUGCUUUUCAAUCGAUUCCAUCCAUUGUAAGAGUCACUCACAGUGUAAAGUUCAAUACCGGCGUUGGUGUGUGCUUAGCGAGAUUAUUUUUCUGGUCAGGAUGAUUACUGAAUAUGAACA